AUGGAAAUAAUGGAACACAAGGAUAAGAACGGCCUUACCCCCAUGAAGCUUCUAAUAAAACACUUCCCAGAGAGUGCACAGCUGGUCAUGGAUUACUGCAUUGAUCGAUCAGGGACAGAAAGUUCUGAUGAUCCAAAUUUUACCAUCACUUGCAAUCUCCGUUUCUUAGACCCCAGUCCUACUAACGCUAUUUGCCAGAGAGGAAGCCGUUUCUUUGGACCGAGCACCAUGGUGAAACACGAACGUAGAGAAUUACUCGAGCAUCCUUUGACACAGGUCUUGCUGAAUAAGAAAUGGUCUUCUUUCGGGCGCUUAGUGUUCUACUUUAACUUUAUGUUCUAUUUUGUCUUUGUUGUCAUGUUUACAGCUUUCUUAAUCCGAUUCAUGCAAAACAGUGAUAAAGGAUCGGGAGAUUUUUUUAUGUAUUCAAUAGUAUUUUUACUUAUAUUUGUCCAGUUCACUAAGGAAGUUAUUGCAAUACUUGUCCAGAGGUUUCGUUAUUUCACCACUUUAAGCAAUCUCACUGAAUGGAUACUCUACAGUACGACGCUUUUAUUCAUAACGUUACUUCUCAUUUUCGAUCUGAUAAUUUCGUUAUUCAACCCUGAGAAGCGUCAUAAUUUUUACCCACAAUUAAUCUGGGUGUUGGGUGCCAUUUCGAUUUUCCUUUGCUAUGCGAACCUAGUCUUGGUUCUUCGUCGGUUGAGUCUGGUUGGAAUCUAUGUCACCAUGUUUAUAGAGGUCACUAAGUCGGUUUUAAAAGUACUUCUAAUCUUCUUUGUCUUGUUCUUUGGGUUCUCCAUGGUGUUCUACGUCCUCUUUAAAUCAGAGGUAAGAUAAAAUAAGAGAUAAAUGUGUAUAUGAGUAAAUUUGCUUCUGUUUGUGAUUUAUGUGAGUUUUUUCCAUUUUUAGUGAGUAAAAAUAAAUAAAUAUAUUCCCCAUCCUGUACCUUUUCGCGCCGUUUAUUGACUCGCUCAAUAGCAACAAGCCUGAAAGAUUUGGUUACAGUAAUUAAUUAUAAUGUCACCGGAUUUUGGGCUCAAUAUGGGUGCAGCAAAUGCCUAAUCGUACCUUUUCAGUGCGCUUUGACGACACAUAAAGCUCGCUCGGUCUUGUCAAGGGGUACCUUGGAAUCAUGACUCAACUAAAAUCGCUUCAUCUUCUAACGGAGCGCGCCAAAAAGGUUCGAUUAAGGAUGAUAUAACGUUAUAGUAAGCGAAAUAUGCAAUAACGAUAAACAAUAAACAACUCCUAAGAUCUGAUUGUUAAUUCUCCCCUCUAGCUGCUACACAUUUCCUUUUAAAUUAGUUAAGAGAAUAUGGUGUUAGAAUAGGAAAAACAACUUUUGUAUGAUAAGUUUAUUCUCAUUACCUGUUUGCUAGACAGUUUAUGGAUAUUACACGGAGAAGUAACCUCUCCAUCACCUCUGGGAGUUAAAGGGCUAAAGCGCUGAGAGUCUCUCGUAUUUCCUCCACAGGAGGUGGUAUUUAAACAACCGGGAUUUUCUUUACUGAAGGUGGUAGUGAUGACAAUUGGAGAGGUUGACUUUGAAGACAGAUUCAUGCAUUCCCAGAAUAUCACAAACGAGCCGACAUUUUCUCAGACAGCUUCUUUCGUUUUCCUCGGCUUGUUCUUGAUUUUAAUGACCAUUGUACUGAUGAACCUGCUGGUAUGCAUUAAGAUAACAAACUUAUUUGUAACUUUUAAUACUACUAGUUGGAUGCACAAGUAUAAAUGAAGCAGCGUUCUAUCACAAACGCAGUAGUCUUAUUGGCUUCACCACUCAUUAUCUAUUUGACAUAUGGAUCCCAUCUUAACAUGUGUCUAUUCAGUGUGAUAUAUUAACCAUUUAGCCCCUAAGAGUGACUAGCAUCUAAUUUCUACUUACAAUAUCACCACUGAAUUACACAUUAAUGUCAUGAGAGUAAAGGAAAUAAUCACCAACUAAAGAAACUCUUGAUUGUUAGACAAAUUCUCCUUGUCAGCACCUGAAUACUGAUAUCAGAGUGUAGAGGGUUAAGCUGAAUUAUGCGCGCAUUUUGUCUGCUUCUUACUUACGAUGUAUCGGUAGAUAUACAUCCAUAGAUGACAUCACCAUUGACAAUUUUUUUCUUUAUCGUAUAAAACAUACAGAUUCCAUGUAGGUAUGGGUAUGUUCAGUAACAGAUCACAAAAGACCUCAAAAUAAAGAAACAACGUCAGUGACACGCUCGGCUGCGCCUCAUGAGCCACUUUUUUGUCCUUACCACAUUUUGACCUCAUCUGUGAUCUGUUACUGAGCAGACGCUCGGCAACAUAGAACCUUCCUGUGGAAUACACCACAAAUAACGUCAAUUGUAGUUGAAACAAAAAAUUGGAACACGGGACGGAACCGAGUGUGCCACCGACUCAAAAUUCGUAUCAUCAAGACGCUUCCAUGUAAGAAAUCAAACUUAGUGCUACAAUUUGUAGGACGUUGAUCACGGUUACAUGUUCACCUACAGGUGGGUCUUGCCGUGGGUGAUAUCGACGCGAUCCGCCGCAAUGCUGCGUUUAAAAGGAUGGCUAUGCAGGUCAUGUAUAUCGCCAAGGUCGAAAACAGCUUCCCGAGGUGCAUCUCGCGGCGUUUUCGCCAUCCAGAAGUAACUUUGCAGCCAAAUCGUCGAACUCUAAGGAAAAGGUAUGCCGUCAGUACCAUUCUGAUUAAAAGUCACUCGUUAAUCUCAAAAUGUCAGAAAAAUUCUAAAAAGCGACUUUACAACGACUCUGUCAAUGUCUACUUCUCUUUAAUAUCUUUACCAUACAUUAUCCAGUCAACAGUCAACGAGAAAACUGAGCAGUUAGAAAUUAUUAUUUUGAUCUAACACUACAUUCUCGUCACUGAUUGACAGGAAAAUUUAUAGCAACUUGAGGGGAGAAGUAACAAUCACAUCUUGGGAGUCAAAUUAAGGGUUAAAAUGUUCACUUCACAAAAUUAUUUCUUUGUCUUCGAUAUCCAGGUUGAUGCUUCUUCUUGGAAUGAAGACAUCUUCGGGCUUGGACUUUACUCCUCGCGCCAAAGAAGAACCGUUCUCCGGUGUAGUUUUGGGUUAUACUGAGAUUAAGAAAAAGCUUGACCUUACUGAGAAACGCGUCGAAACAUUGGUUGAUACGAUGGAGGCGCAAAACGCUCUGCUCAGAAAAUUAGUAAAAAAGAUUGAUCCUGGAACCAAGAUGGACGAGGAGAGCAUGGAAAUGUAA